AUGUUUGGUUCUCGUGCAUUUACAUCAGCAAGUGGCCAUAGAUGUACUGCAUCUGCAAAAUUUACAAGUACAAGACAAAUUGAUAACGAUAUAACAGAUCGAUAUCGAAUUGAUGAAGUAGAAGAUGAAACCCACCCCAAACGAAGUUUAGCUUGUGCACUUAUUUCGUCCGCAUGUUGCCCCAUUCUGGGAAUUAUUGCUGUUGCUUAUGCAGUUCGUGCUGUACGAGCACACAGUCAAGGAUUUUUUGCUGAAGCAACAACAUUCUAUAAAAAAGCCAUUCGAUGGUCACUUAUUACAUUUAUUAUUGGCCUUGUACUCGGUUCAAUAGUUGCAUUUAGUUUCUUCGUCAAAACUGUUCUUUUUAUCUAA